AUGGUUUAUUACUUCAAGGCAGAAGUCCAAUCUGAAAAGGGAUCAAGUGAAUACGAUGAUUUUGCUCUUGGACCUGAAGAAGAUAAUGCGGAAGCAGUGAUAUUUAUGGGUAAGGAUAAAUUUGAAAAUGAACACUUACUAAAGCAUUCACAUCCUAAGAAUAUCUGGUUUCAUGUUGACAACCAUUCGUCGGCUCAUUUAUAUUUACAAUUAUCUAAUGAAGACCAGUUGUUGACUUUUGAUGCAUUGAAAAUAAAUGAGAGCGUUUUAAAGCAACUUGCACAGUUGACCAAGGCCAACUCUAUUAAAGCGAAUAAGCUAAAUAACAUCACGAUCAUAUACACACCAGUGGAUAAUUUGUACACAGACGGCUCAAUGGACGCAGGAACUGUUACAUUCCACAAUCCUAAGAAGGUGAAGAGAAUUCUAGUCGCUAAGAAGGAAAAUGCCAUAGUGAACAAAUUGAAUAGGACAAAGUAUGAAAUAACGACUGAGGAAUUCAUCAAGAACCAGCAGGCAUUGCAAAGACAGUAUCUCACAGACAAGAAGAACAGAGAAAGAGAAUUGCAGAAUCAGGAACGAGAGUUAGCUAAGCAAUAUGAGGACCAAAAGAAGAGAAAUACCGAUCCGUAUGCUGACCUUUUUUCAGAGCAAAACAAAGAUUUGAAUAGUAAUGAAUUUCGUAACGAGAAUUGGGUUGAAGAAGAAUUCUGGUAG